AUGCUGUUUUUAAAUCGCAUUCUCUCGUUGCCAACCGUAAACAAAAAGAAAAUCAUCAUGGAUGACAAUAUCGAUGAUUUGUUGGACGAAGUUGAAGCCAAAUAUUUGUCAACAGCAUCUUGCCGAAAUAUUAAACAAGACAGUGUAAAGCCCCAAAAAUCGAGCAGUUCUAUUAUUAAUGAACUUGAUGACCUUUUAGCUGAAAUUGAUGACAUAAAAGAUCUCCAUGAGGACCCAAACAACAAAGAUACAUGUUGCAAAAGCCCAAAUUUCUCUCAAAACUGCUUGAAUGUUUACUUAACCCACUUGUGGAUUUGUAUUUUUGCUUUCUUUAUCAGAUGUUUCCCCGUUUAUCUUGCUGGCAGUGAUUACCCUUGUGGACUCAGUAGCAGUUCAAAUAAAAGAUCUUGUGACAAAUUGCGUUGCACAUCAUGUGACUUCAAGGUUUUAUCAUUUGAGGGUUUUGCCUGGCAUAGUUCAACCAAUUACCUUUUCCUCAGGAAUAAUGUUCCUGAUGUUGGACGAUUAAAAGCUAAGCUCUUAUUUAAAAAAGGUUGUCGUGCUUAUUGCUGCCAAUGUUUUUAUAAGACUGUCAGCAGCCUCACUCCUCUAACCCAGACAGAAGUGAAAUGGGUGUGUGGUCAGCAUUAG